UCUUGUCACGUUAAUUGUAAAAGAAGCAAGUUUUCUGAACGAUACUGAAUUCCAUGAGUAUUAAUACAAUGCAAAUAAUGCUCGGAAGCUGAAAGUUUUGAUUGAUAUUAUUGUCUCUGUUUUCUUGACAAGUUAUUGUAAAUGGGGAGCUCAGCGUAUUUUUGUGUUUUGAUAUUACUGUUGCAAUUUUUGCACUUUUCUAGCACCAGGGACUAUCCCUUUUCCAGUGAUUUCUCUAAUGAAUCGGAACUUUUCGAAAAUAUAGAUAGUGAUUUUAUUCGUAAUUCUGCUAUUUCCGAAAAUUGCAGCGAGGCACUUGAAGCAUUCAUAAUCAAAUCAACGAACUUUACACGUUGUGCUGCAUUAAAUGCUAGUCCAGUACGGCUAUGUCGCUCUUGCUAUAAAGAAUUGAAUUCCACUCAUGCUGCUUAUAAAAAAUUAAAAUUGAUUCCUGAUCCUUGUAAUUCUACAUUUUUCCAAAGUCAUCAGAUUUGUAUUAUAGAUGUCAUCUAUAACCAAGUUAAUGCAGUUUGGAGUAAAAGUGGUAAUUGUGAUAGCUGCUAUGGAAAGCUGCAAGGUGUCACAGAUAAAUUUUUUGAUACCGGCGAUGAAUUGGAUGCAUGCUUACAGAAAUCAAAUUUUUCUGGAAAGAGUACAAAUGACACUUGUGAAAUGUGUAACGAAUUAUAUAAAAAUGUGACUAUUAUUUAUAAGGAAUAUUUGAAACUCUGUGAUAAAAAAGAUCUUGGGCUUUGUGAGGAUAUUGUAGAUAAAAUGAACAUUACACGACAAUUUUGGCAAUCCCAGUGUGGACGAAUUUUUGAUUAUAACAUUGGAUAUGCAAAUGUGCUGACAGCUGUGCUAGUAGGCACAAUGCCUGUGUUUUUCUAUCUCCUUGCCAAAAAUAUUUCCAUCAUAGAAGAUGUGAAAAUUGUUCGACCGAAAAGAAAAAAUUAUAUUUCCAUACCCUCAUCAUAAUGAAUCUUCAGGUCAUCAUUUUCAGAUUUCAAGCAGUGUGAAUGAACAUGAAUCAGGGUUUGUAACUGGUUAACUCUUCAUUGUAAAACAUUUCGCACUAAUCUUGUUAUUUCAAUUAUUUACAAGCUGAUAAUUUCUAUAAAUUGUAAAUUGUGUUCAAAUAAUA